UGUCAGCAUUUAUAAAUUCUUCCCUGGGAAGUGCUGCUGGCAAGUUAUGUUUCAGACUUCCUUGCUUUUCUCUAUAGCGCUAUUUACAGACUGACCAGUGUUGGGGGAGAGAUUCUGCAGGUGUGAAUUUCUGCCUUCACUUUCUGUGGAAACCUGGAACAAUGAAAUAAAAUAACCUAGGCCAUUGUAUGAAAUGGAAUCCCAUUCAUUGCAACCCAAGCAUCUUGGAUCAGAUGAAAAAUCCAGAAAGCCAGACAACAAAAAAGGACCAAACGGAGAUGAACAGAUAGUCGCCGAGAUCAUGGGAAGGUGUUUCUCCCCUUCGCUGAUAACCACCCAAGCCUGGGAAGGGUUCCAUUUUGUUGGCCACAAGAUAAAGAUCACGGAAUCCACCGACUGCUAUGGAGCUGUCGUCUGGCCUUCGGCUCUCGUUAUCUGCCACUUUUUGGAAACUAACAUGAAAUCUUAUAACCUGGUUGACAAAAAUGUCAUUGAAAUUGGAGCUGGGACAGGCCUGGUCUCGAUAGUAGCCAGUUUCCUUGGUGCACGUGUGGUUGCCACCGAUUUGCCUGAAUUGCUGGGGAACCUUCGAUACAACCUUCUCAAAAACACAAAGACCAAAUGCAAGCAUGAACCCCAGGCAAAGGAACUGUUUUGGGGGGUCGACCUGGAGAAGAAUUUCCCCAGGGCCUCAUGCCAGUUUGACUACAUCCUGGCGGCCGAUGUUGUGUACCACCACCCUUACCUGAAUGAGCUACUCCUUACCUUCGACCACUUGUGCAAGGACAACACUGUCAUCAUCUGGGCCAUGAAGUUCCGACUGGAGAAGGAAAACCAGUUUGUGGACAGAUUCAAGAAACUGUUUGACCUGGAGGUUAUAGCUGAUCUCCCCAGCUUAAACAUAACCCUGUUUAAGGCAAAGAGAAGGCACAAAGCGAAAGGGCCUUCCCUUUUCCCACCCUGACUGCUGAUUAGGUGAUUGUCAAUGCAAGGGUCUCUUUUGUUAGCCAGGAUUAGACCAUUUCUCAUUGGAUUGCUAGGUUUGAAUGUAUGUUACUGGUACAGCACUCAAAUAUUUGGUGUCCGCUUGCAGUCUGAAAUAAUACAACACAUCAACAGAUUCACGAUGGUCCAUGCAUACCUUUGUUUGCACAGAUAAUGAGCCACAAUACAUACCUUUAUGUGUGCAGAUACUAAAGUGCAGGGUUAUUCAUAAUAUUGUUAUGAAUUUGGGGGAGGGGGCAGAUCCCCCAUAAUUCCUUAUUUAGUAAAUGGUAGAAUUUCGCUAACGUUUGGAGUAUUAAGAGAAGAUGUAUAAAUACAGUGUAAAAAAAAACAGGCUGAGCUAGUUCUCUUGUUCAGGAGAUUGGCUGAUAGAGGUGCCAACAAAGACAGGCGAUGGCAGAGUUCAUUACCCUGACGAACGGUGGCACAUUUAGCGUCAGACAAGAAAUGGGGUGGCAUCACUCCCACAGCUGGGUGUUAGUAGCAAAAGGCAAUAGCAGAGUUGGGGGGGGGGAAGUUCUGUUCUGGACCCAAUCUUCCUGAAGCUAUGAGGAGAUCAACAAGAGACACUCUUGGCAUGUAAUAUUCUGCACUCCAUGUAAACACAGGUGUAAAUAAACCAUACUUCUCAAAGAUG